AUGGACCAACACCAUGGAGGUCAUUGGCACCCCCACACCGGCCAAGGAAGCCGCUCAGCCAGCCGUGCGGCUCUAGGACGCGGCAAGCAUAUAAAAUGCACGCCGACCGUUGCCUAUCAGUUUAGUUCUAUUGGUGAUAGCAACAUGGCUUUCAAAGUCAUCCUUAUCUGCGCUGCGCUAAUUCUAGUAGUGGCAGCGGCUCCCACUGAACAGCUGAACCAAGCAGCUUCCGAGAAAGAAGAUCUGCAAACAGCUGCCUCUCACUGGGGUGGUCACUGGGGAGGCUACGGAGGCCACUGGGGAGGUUGGGGAGGGUACUACCCCUACUAUAGCGGAUACUGGUCCUGGCCGCACUAUGGUCACGGUUUCGGAUACGGCUGGCCUUACGGAUAUUAUGGGCAUUACGGAUACUGGUAG